GUAUGUAUAUAUAUAUAUAUAUAGCAACACGUGGAUCUAAUUGGAAGUGAAAAUAUGCAGGUAUGUUGCAGGAAAUUCACACCAAAGUUUGGAUUAGUGAUGAGGGUUAAGCGUUUUGGAAAUAUUGGUAAGAUUUUUAUUAAAAAUAUAGAAGCAGAAAAAAAUAGACUUAAUAUAGAUUAGAAAUGAGUUUCAGCUUCUAGAAGAUUCCUACUGCAUUCUGGGCUGAAUCUUCUUUAAGUGGUGGAUAAUUUCAGGGUUGUGAGGGAUAUAUGUCAUGUGUAAACUUUGUGUUUAAUGAAUAAAGGUGCGUAAGUUAUACUGAAAUGAUGUAAAGAAGUUCAUUCUGAACUAAAGGCUUGGUAUAUUGCGGAGAUGUGCGCUGCGGAAGGAUCUGAUGCGGUGCUUCGGCGCUAUUAGUGGCGGUGUGAUCUCUCUUCUUCCAGCGCUUAGCAUGCGAGUCAACGGCGUUGUUUUUCCUCUCACCCAUAUUCCGACUUGUUACGCCUUCCUGUCCUGUGAUUGGCUGACGGCUCUUGAAUAUGAGCUACUGGCCAAUCCCAGCACAGGAGGGCUGGGCUGUCGUCAGGAGUGGGAGGCGGGAGCUGCCGGAGUGCGGGUGCGUAAGAAAGAAAAUAACGCGAGUCAAUGUGUAUGAACGUGAACCUAAACAUGGCGACGUCGCUUCAUGAGGGAGCCGCUAACCAGUUGGAUUUACUCAUCCGUGCAGUGGAGGCGUCAGUACAUGGAGGCUCCAGUCUUCACUGCACUGAUAAAACAAUUGAAGCAGCAGAAGCUCUUUUACACAUGGACUCACCAUGUAGCUUACGGGGAGACCGCAGUCCAGAGGUAUUUGUCCCUCCAUGCAUAUCCACUCCGGAGUUCCUGCACGCUGCCAUGCGUCCUGACGUCGUCACGGAAACAGUGGUGGAGGUCAGCACGGAGGAGGCGGAGCCUAUGGAGGUGGUGACCUUAAUCAAGGAGCCGAGAGUGAUGGAGAGAGAUGGCAGGAAGAAGAAAACUGGGAGGAAGCCCAGUAAGCCCCACCCUAUCCCCAACGGCUCUCCUGAUUUAGGCAUCAAGAAGAAAUCGAGAGAUGGCAAAGGCAGUACGUACCUGUGGGAGUUCCUGUUGGACCUGCUGCAGGAUAAGAACACCUGUCCCAGGUACAUUAAGUGGACACAGCGGGAAAAGGGCAUUUUUAAGCUUGUGGACUCUAAAGCUGUUUCCAAGCUGUGGGGCAAACACAAGAACAAACCUGACAUGAAUUACGAGACCAUGGGACGCGCCCUCAGGUAUUAUUAUCAGAGGGGGAUCCUGUCUAAGGUUGAAGGUCAGAGGUUAGUGUACCAGUUUAAAGAAAUGCCUAAAGACAUUGUGGUCAUUGAUGAUGACAAGUGUGAAGCUGAUGAUCUGGGUGCGGCUUACGAGCAUGUCAUAGCCGCUGACCUCUCCAAAACCUCGGGCAUUCUGAGGGGGGUGGGGUCAGUUAUAAGUCCCGCCUCUCCCAAAGCCAAGCCUUCACCCAUUGUCACACCCAAUCAGCGCAUCGUGACCGUCUCCGCACCCACAGAGCCGCCUCAUGCCACCAUUAUUCCCAACACCAGUGCACCCAGGACUGUCCGAGUUGCUAUGCAAGUCCCUGUUGUCAUGACGACGCCCCUAGGUCAGAAGAUCUCACCGGUUGCCAUGCCAACGGCAUCCCCACCUCCCUCCAGCGUUACCACGGCAACCGGAGCCUCCACCUCUAAGGUUCUGAUCCAAACGGUCCCGGCAGUGGAGAACAGUGAUAAGAUCACGCUACAGCUCGCCAAAAUCAUCACCAUCACACCUAUUACUCUCGCCCUGCCCCCUGGCACAGACCCUGCCCACUCACACACACACAGCUCCGCCCCCACCACUCAGCUCCCUGUGCAGAUCCAUAUACAGUCUGACAGUCACAUGACACACACAGAACUUCUCCAACAGGAAGUGGAGGCACACACACAGGAAGUCACUGCUUACACACACAGCUAAAGGUGGAAGCAGUCUCCUCCUCUCUGUCUCUCUCACAUAUAUAUAUAUAUAUAUAUGUCACACCCACACACACACACACACACACCAGGCAAACAGGAAUUGGAGGUGCAUAGACAGGAAGUUAGCAGCACAGAGAUGUUGAGCUAAAAAGGAGAUGUUCAUGGGGAACACACACAGACUGAGCGGUCAGUCAGACUGUUUCAGGGACCAGUGUGAGGCCGCAGUGAAGGACACUACAGAGAGGAAGAACACUACAAAGGACACAUGUGGACAUACUGACUCUACACACAGCACAGAGGUGUGUGUGUGUGUGUGUGUGUGUACAUACAAACUUUUAUACCUGUACAGAGAGUUGAUCCUUUUUUUGGGGGGUAUUUGUGAUCCAAAACCAGCAUUUAAGUUUGGACUGUCACUGUGAUGAUGUCACAGGAUGGAGGGAAUGGACUGAGUGGGGCUCAGGACGGGGGAGAGGAAAAAAAAGGGAACGAGGAAAGAAGAGGAAGUGAGGAACAGGGAGUGUGUGUGUGUGUGUGUGUGUGUGUGUGUGUGUGUGUGUGUGUGUGAGGGAGAGUUUGAGUCCUGCUCACAAAACUCAUGUUUAUUAUUAUUAUUAUUAUUAUUACUUCAGUGGAGUGUUAAGCUCUGUGUGUGUGUGUGUGUGUGUGUGUGUGUGUGUGUGUUUUGUACCAAACGCAGUAUUACAGACAGCUCCUCACACUUGAUGCUGUUUUAAAGGUUAAAGUUCAACAAGCUGUUCACCAUCUUCCUUUUUUCCCCUCAUCUACUGUGUGUGUGUGUGUGUGUGUGUGUGUGUGUCCUAGGUCUGGGGCAGCAGUAUGCUCUGAUGAUGGUGUUUGUAUAUUGAACAUUAGAAUUGUACACUCUAUUUUGUUGUACUCUGUAUUCCAGUAGAUUUUACUGAAUUAUAAACGACUGAACUGAC